CAAACAAAAUUAUACAGAGGAAACGGGACUGGGGAGAGACGAGGGACACACGGAGCAAACUCACGAUAGCACCUGAUCGCAUCUCUCCAGCCACCUGGGAUCAUGUCCAUUGCUUCGUUUUGACACCUAAUCAAAGUAAAAGAUUGCCUAAAAGACUCAAAUUCAAAGAAUGGAGAAUGAAUUCGUUCUCAUGCCUACGCGUACCACGUGUGUGCUACUGUUCCUUACAGGUUUGAAUACGAUAGACGGGACAUCGGUAGUCAAUUCAACCACUCGCAUCAUCCUUCCAGAAAACAUAAACUUGGUAUAUUUUGGAAUAAAGUACACAGAACUAUAUCUCCAGCCAAAUGGAAUCCUAGCAUUUGAUCCAAGAGCAAAGUACGACCCCCACAGAAACUACAGCGACCCCCUGAAAGACUGGCAAGCGUCUGAUGAUCAUCCAUUCGUUGCGCCACUUCUGUUCGAAAAGAAACCCAGUAUUUCAAGUUUGAUGACCUUUGAUAUAUACCUGAGGUCUAACCAAUCAAAUGAAGCGUUUCUUGAUCAUCUCGGUGUUGUCAUUGACAAGUCGUUUGUCGGAGUUCAUUCAACCUCUUUAACUUUUGCAGUGUCUGUGGAAUGGCACACGGAAGAGUCACUUUGCAAUAAUAUGGAAACGUGUCAGAAUGCAAACACCAGUCUCGUUCUUGCCACUGACGGACACCUGACGUUUGCCAUGUUGGAAGUUCCUAACACCAAUCUUAGUGUACAGUAUCAAUCAGGGUUUAACUUUGGGUACGGUAGGGGAUGGUUUGACCUUGGACUGUCCUUGGAUCGGUUGUCGGGUCGUCAUCUGUAUCUUAUUAACAAGGAGGCCCCCCUCACAGGAGGUUGUGACGCCAGGAGAGAGCAGGUUACAGGAACUGUGUUUGUAUCACCGACUGUUAUCGACAUGUUUGGAGGGAAUAUCUUGGAGGUAUCAGGCCCCUGCUUUUUGGAGAAUGAAGUCAUUGCCCUUUUGUUUGGCGAUCCUUCUAAGCCGAUCGCUAUAGGGGAAUGCUUCCGGUUUUCUGAAAUAAAAGCGAAAUGCGAAGUUCCUCCCCUGACUGCAAGGGGGCGUGUUCAAGUAUGGGUGUCUCUUGAUGGUGGUGUAUCUAUUUCAUUUAAGGCGUCAGUCACAGUAGUUCACCCGACGCUCACUUCCCGCUUUGUGAAGCUAGAAGGCUCAGGGUGGGGCGGAACUACGGCACGAGAGCUUACCGUGCGCUGGAAUGCUGCGCUAAUCAGUACUCACCCUGAUGCACAUAUAGAUAUUCUUUUAGUUGGAUACUCCGAAAAGACAUUUUGGGGGUUUCAUCUACCUCUUGUCAAGAAUGUCCAAGUGUCCCAGAAAUUCGCCUCAUUUGAUUCUGAUGACAUUCACUGUGACGCGACAUGUGCUGAAUUCGAAGCCGGUUUUGUUGCUGUCAGAGUUAGAAACAUCACCCAUGCAAAUCAAUAUAGAACCAUGCCAAGUGGUGCAAUGCCUUUUGGUUGGCUUAUGAGGAAAUAUGAAGAAUCAAAGCAUCGCUCUCAGUGGUUGCACGAGAAAUGCACGAGCUGGUACCGUGCAGAGAUCGAGGACAUGCAGUGGAUAUCACGCCUCGACCAUUGUCCUUGCUCUUUGCAGCAGGCCCUGCUGGAUUUCGGACGCUGGCAGACUGACCUGUCCUGUAACAUGUACAGUAAGACCCCAACGUGCGGAUUCCACAAGGGCGCCGUACACUGUGUCCGCAGUGUGGGCACGAUACAAAAAUCCGGAAACCAGUGUUGUUAUGGAGCUGACGGUUUGUUGCGGUACUCAGAGGACACCUUCCAAGGCAGUACUCCGGACAGAUUCCAUGACUGGGGAGCGGAUCCGUACGGGAGCCCUGGGUCCGUGCCCUCUCUUUCCCACGGUCUGGCGGACGUCAUGACGUUCUUUUACUGCUGUAUGUGGGUGGAUUACAAAGACUGUGACUUCUACAUGGAUGUCAGACCAACAACAGACUGUAAAUACUACAAACCUCCUAAACAAGCAAUGGUUUUCGGACAAUCUCAUAUCCUCACAUUUGAUCGGCGCUCGGCCACGAUGUGCGCAGAAGGAGACUAUGUCUUAUACCAGGACUCGAAUUUGAUAGUCCAUGGUCGAUUCCAGAUGAACCUGAGGUCAUUAAAAUCGUCUUUUAUACUCACUGCCAUCGGAAUAAGAGCGAAAGACGAGACCGCCAUUAUUCAGUUAAAAUAUGGAGCAUAUCAACAGAAUUCCAAAAAUAGGAACGAAUCAUCAGAUCCCGUGCUUGACGUCAUUGUCAAUGACCAGUACCAGUUUUACGAGCGAGAGGACAACAAAUGGCAAGAUUUUAAUCAUCUGACAGUGGUGAAUAAUGAUGAUCUUACACUAAGAAAGCAGUCCAACUUUACAGUUCUUUCCAAACAUGGUGUUGGCAUUCUUGUGUUUGAAUUUAAGGGUUCGCUACAGGUCACACUUUCAUCACUUCCGGUACAAAUGGAAAUGUCGGGAGGAUUGCUAAGUCAGGUCCUGUUUAAUGACAGUGAAACGCAAUUCUCGAAAUGGUACGUGAACAACACUUUGAGACAGAUUUUGCCUUACCGUGUGGAUAGAGAGAUGUCUGAAAAACACUGUCCCAGCAUCCCACAAAACUUUACCUCCGCUAUAUGUUCCGGGGACAAAAUGUGCCUUUAUGACUAUUUUACAACAGGGGACACCUUUAUAGCCAAUCAUACAAGGGAAUCCAGUCAACAGUACUCAACAAACACUGAUGUGUUGUCAAAAGCCAACUCUUGUGGCCUACUCAGCGUACCAAGAAGUACAAAAUCUAGUUUUAAUUACUCAUUGGGAAGUACCGUCCGCGUCACUGGGUGUAGAGUUGGAACCCUACAGGGACAGACAGAUUACACGUGCACCGAUUCCGGAAACUCCCGAGAAUGGUCGCCUGGUGUGUCUGCAUCCUGUAGUCAAGAUUCCACGACCAAGGUAGAUAACCAGACAUCUCUCGCCGCUGGAAUCGUCGCCUCCGUUUUAAUUAUCCUCGUCAUCAUGAUCGCUAUCAUUAUUUGGCAGAGGAAAAAACGAAAUGAUAAAUAUGCUCUCAAUAGAAAUGACGAUCCUUCAUUUUACAUGUAACUUGGGUGCACGUGGUGAGAAAUGGGCGAAUAUACUAUAGAGCCUGUUUGUCAAUCAUGAAUACUUUAAUAUUUUUUGUUAGUCUGUCUAAAGAAAUCUCUUUAGGGAAAUGUAAAAUUUAUAUUUUGAUGUAAGUGAUAAAACCGUGAAUGGAAAUAAACAUUUUAUCUAAUA